CCAUAAAAUGCGUCGAGUGAAAGUUCUGGAGCCGAGACCACCCAACUUAUUGUACAGUAAGUUAGGCCAGAUGGUGUACUCGUAUCUGUGCACUCGAUACAUCGUACAUCGUACAACCUGCCUAAAGACUUUAGAGGCCAGACUCCUCCCCGCCCAGCCGAUGUAUUCGCAGCAUAACAUUACGAGAACACCAUUCGCAAACAUGCAGUUGCUACGAGACAAGAGUCUGGCCUCCCGCCCUGUCUUUCCGAACCGCCAGCCUUUCUCUCUCUGAGGGUCUUGUCACCACGACACCACUUGAUUUGUACGAGAAGAAUCUCAUUGCUUACAUCCCACUAGGUAAUUGCCACUCGUAUUCUGCGAGUCUGCUCGUUCCCCAAGGGCAUUAUGCAGGACGCCGAUGCAGCCAGCUCCGCGUUCGAUGUAUCCUCGAGGUGGCUGGCUCCGCCCGGAUGCUAUCUGUUGCCUCCGAGACCCCUCGUCGGCGGGCGAUGAUCCCGAGACCCCCAAGAAGCCCCCAACGUUGUCCCCGCCUGGUGCAUGUUAGUUCUUGACCGCAGAUGGCGCCAGGCCGUGAACGACAAAGCUGCCCCGCUGGGUGCUGCUGAAUGCCAUCACGACACUGUCGGGGCUGGAGUCGAGGAGCCCGAAGCCGCCUUACCGCCACAACUGAAUCUGUCAAUAUGUCAGCGGUUCUCGCACUUCCACGACGACUUUCCAACAUGUGGCAGUUCCACCUGCGAUAAUUUCUAGAAGGCGGCCGUUUGGGUCCCGAAUCACCAUGUUGUAGCAAACACCGAGAAAGUUUGCCCAGCGCCAAUGAGGACACACCGGGGUAGACGGCGUGGAACAUCAAUGGAAGGCUCAAACCACAACGACCCCCCGGUCAGCGAGAUGCGCUAGGUAAGAAGGUGUCUACCCCUCCACCACCACCUCCACUUCGGCUUGGGCUCUGCAGCUUCGUAUCAGUAUUGAGGGUCUGAAAUGCGCGGGUUUCCCGAUAGCGCGGGGAAGCGCUUGGCCACUUGCACCGACACGCUGCUACGCCCUGUGUCCCCUCCAAAUGACCACAGCCAAACCUCUUCUGGGUGGUCAAUCGUCGGUGUCACCUAGCUAGAAGCCCGGAUUGGCCGAUACAGAGAUGCUUGAGGACUGGCGAUAUGUGCUAGCUUGACGACGUGUGGCAAAAGGGUUUUAAAAGAGACGUUGCCCCAUUAUCGAUGGAAUCGUCGAUAUGCAUAGGAUUUCGAACUCUCAGCGUUUACAGCGGCACGUUGAAUAGGUAUCUCAGCUCAUCGCAAUCACCCACAGCCCGCCUGCCCUCACUGCCUCCGGUGGCACUUGACAUCCGGCCCACUUAUUCGGUCCUUCUCGCGCAUUCGGCGGUGGGACAUCCCAAGGUGUUUGUCUUACCUCAGCAGUUUCCCCCUUCGCAGCGGAUACUUCCGAACCAGCAGAAUUGUGCCAGUGAGAACUAAGGUACUGGUAGGAGCGUUUGUUAUCGAGGGUCCCUUAUCGUCAUGCUUGAACUGCAUGGAUCCCAGCUUGAGGCCAUAAACAACAAUGUAAAUGCUUCCUUCGAUUCAGUUUGCCAGAGUGGAUCACUCGUCCUCGGUAGCCGCACUAGACGCACGAUUGCACAUUUGUUUUGAUAACUCCUCUCAUCCGUGUCUUUCUCGGCUGUCUACUCUCGAGAUACUGUCUGCCGGCCCGGCGAGUGUUGAACGGGCCGACUAAAUGCCGUCUUCAUGUCACGUCACCAAAGAAACAUUCAACCACAAGUUCACCUUCCGUACCUAUGAGAGCCAAGCGGCCGCUAUUCCACCCUCGGUCGUUUUGCACAGCCACGCGGCACCACCCAAACGGACCGGAGUCUUAGAAGUACGCCGAGACAUUUCUUUUAUUCGUGCUAUCUCAGACCUGUGAAAUCGUCAAUACGUCACAACCUCUAUGCAAGCACCUCCCCCGCCGUCCUCCGCCAACACGCACCGCAUCGCAAAACGCGAACCGUAAAACGGCUGUCCAUGAGGUAGCGACCUCGCACAUGGAUUCAUGGACUCGGCGAUAGAAUCCCAAUUUCGCUCCGGCCACAUCAACGGCAGCGCCAACGGCCACUCGAGGCCUUCGUCCAAGGUCGCCACGAAUGGUACCAUCGAAAGCCUGCUGACACGCCAGAACAAUGAGACAAGACGCGGGGGCUUGUUCGGGGACGAAGAUGAGGAAACGGACUCGCACACCGAGUCAUCCGUCACAAGCCCGUCGUCGGUAACGUCGCCUCCGUACUGGCUCGGCCACCACCAGCGGUCGGUAUCCAACAUGUCGGCCGAAUCGAUUCUUCCCGACGGCGCAAUCACGAUGCACGACAACGAAGCGAGCGAUGUCAACGGUCGCAACCGAGCCUGUUGGGCCAAGAGCGUCGAGAUUACCGACUACGUCGUGGUGAACGGCAGCGCGACCAACAUCGGGGCAUUUGUCGUUUGGAACAUCAAGGUCGAGACGCUUCAAGGGAGCUACAUGAAUAUCCGCAAGCGAUAUUCCGAGUUUGACGACCUCCGCGAGAACCUUGUCAAAACGUUUCCCAACUUCGAGGCAGCCGUACCUCCACUUCCUCCCAAGAGCGUGAUAUCGAAGUUUCGACCGAGAUUCCUUGACAAGAGGAGAUCAGGUCUCCAAUACUUUCUCAACUGCAUAAUGUUGAAUCCUGAGUUCUCUGGGUCGCCAGUGCUCAAGGAUUUUCUCUUCUCGUAAAUACAGUGUCUAAAUACCAUCUCUACGCAUCUUAGAUUCUUGCUGUACAAUUUUUAGGCCACGACGGCGGACAUGGAUGCCGGGGUGCAUCCAGGUGGCGGUUGACAAAGGUGUUGACCUGCGUGGCAAAGCAGAGGGAGGGGCAUCUGCACAUGCAUGGCGGGCUGAGGCGGCGCUUGUCGAGGGUUUUUAUAUAUAUAAUGAUAAUGUAUUGCACGACAGGUUCGACGUUCGGCGGAUGCGCUCAGCUCAACAGAGUGGUUCGCACACCAGCCGCUGGAUCAUCGGUGGCCACCAAACCCGCUGCCGGAAAAGUCUCGGCAGCCGCGGCCGCCGGGGAGGGAAUGCCGGUAUUUUACCUAAGACAAGUAGGUAGAAAAAAAAGGCAGGACGACACAGGUUGAUGCACCGCCGGAGGUGGCCCGUGUCGACGUGCUGUCUCUAGGCGGGAGGGAUAGGCAGGCUAAGCAAGCUGGUUGGGCUGACCAGUGAUCACCCCACAGGUUGACGCGUAAUGUUCAGCAGGGCGUGCAGGGCUGGGAGAACGUUUUUGUUGUGUUUCGGCGGGGGGGGGGGGCUAGUCAGCCGUACAGCCGGUUAGCGGUCUGUUUCCGAUGGAAUGGAGGACCCUUGGACCUUGGGGACCAAUGGAACUUUUCCAGGAAAGCCCAACUCAGCCCGCCUCAACACGUAGAAUCCGAAGACAAGAGAAGUGUCAAGCCUCUGUCUAUUCUGGGGUUCUGGGGACCACGUAUGCAUAUAUGAGUUCCCGUUUCUAUUGCCGUUUUCGGCCUUGAGUACAGAGUAGAGGUGAGGUGGUUGUUGAGGGGGAAGCCUGAAAUGGUCAGCCAUGUACCUACUACUGAUGUUCUUUUCAUAGGAAGGUCUCGACAACCCUACUUCAGCGCGGGGUUUCAACGGACUGCGAGGCGAGUACUAACGUUCAUCUUGCUUGGUACAUCAGUCUGUAGUGUACCUAGUGUAAAGGUAGUUAGAUACAGAGGAAAACGGCCACAGCCGCGAAGCCGAGUCACCCUGUCGAAUGGCUGGUGGACCAAGACCCCUCUCCUCAAGC